AUGUCCAACUUCAAGGUCGCCGAUAUCUCCCUUGCUGCCUUCGGGCGCCGCGAGAUCGAGCUCGCUGAGAACGAGAUGCCCGGUCUCAUGAAGACCAGAGAGAAGUAUGCUGCCGACCAGCCUCUCAAGGGUGCCCGCAUUGCUGGCUGCCUCCACAUGACCAUCCAGACUGCUGUCCUCAUCGAGACCCUGACCGCCCUCGGUGCUGAGGUUACCUGGACUUCCUGCAACAUCUUCAGCACCCAAGACCACGCCGCUGCCGCCAUUGCUGCCACCGGCGUGCCGGUCUUCGCCUGGAAGGGCGAGACCGAGGAGGAAUACAACUGGUGCUUGGAGCAGCAGCUCGUUGCCUUCAAGGACAACAAGAAGCUGAACCUUAUCCUUGACGACGGUGGUGAUCUCACUCACCUGGUCCACACCAAGUACCCCGAGAUGCUCGCCGACUGCUACGGUGUCUCUGAGGAGACCACCACUGGUGUUCACCACCUCUACCGCAUGCUCAAGGAGGGCAAGCUCCUUGUUCCUGCCAUCAACGUCAACGACUCUGUCACCAAGUCCAAGUUCGACAACUUGUACGGCUGCCGCGAGUCCCUCAUUGACGGCAUCAAGCGCGCCACCGACGUGAUGAUUGCUGGCAAGAUUGGUGUUGUUGCUGGUUUCGGUGAUGUUGGCAAGGGCUGUGCUCUCGCUCUCCAGGGUAUGGGUGCCCGUGUGCUCGUCACCGAGGUUGAUCCCAUCAACGCCCUCCAGGCUGCCAUGGCUGGUUUCCAGGUGACCACCAUGGAGAAGGCCGCCAAGGUCGGCCAGAUCUUCGUUACCACCACUGGCUGCCGUGACAUUCUGGUUGGCAAGCACUUCGAGGCCAUGCCCAACGAUGCCAUCGUCUGCAACAUCGGUCACUUUGACGUUGAGAUUGACGUUGCCUGGCUCAAGGCCAACGCCCAAUCUGUCCAGAACAUCAAGCCCCAAGUUGACCGUUUCCUCAUGAAGAACGGCCGCCACGUCAUCCUUUUGGCUGAGGGCCGUCUCGUCAACUUGGGCUGCGCCACUGGCCACAGCUCUUUCGUCAUGUCGUGCAGCUUCACCAACCAGGUGCUCGCUCAGAUCAUGCUCUUCAAGAACAACGAUGAGGCUUUCGCCAAGAAGUAUGUCGAGUUCGCCAAGAGUGGCAAGCUCGAGAAGAAGGUCUACGUCCUCCCCAAGAUCCUCGACGAGGAGGUUGCCCGUCUUCACUUGGACCACGUCAACGUCGAACUUGAGACUCUCACCAACGUCCAGGCUGAGUACCUCGGCCUCGACGUUGAGGGUCCUUACAAGAGCGACCACUACCGCUACUAA